UGAUCGAGCAGCUUCCCAUGGAUCUGCGCGACAGGUUCACCGAGAUGCGCGAGAUGGACCUGCAGGUGCAGAGAGAACAUUUUGUUUCCUGCUCAGUUUGUAACUGGCUAGAAUGUUCCAAAGUCAGCAGUCUAGAGCCCUGGGUGAGGAGUUUGGGUCGUGCUUUAAGUCACUACCACUGCUCUUAGGGACAAAAAACCUUUAGAACUUGGAGUCCUGCCUGUCCCAUGCUGGAGAGCACAAGAACCUUGAUGAGAAUCCUACCAGAAUGCAAUUCUGCUUCUUGGAAAUUAAGAUGCAAUGGAUCAGCUUGAGCAGAGGGUAAAUGAAUUUUUUAUGAAUGCAAAGAAAAACAAACCUGAAUGGAGAGAAGAACAAAUGACAUCAAUCAAAAAAGAUUAUUAUAAGGCUCUGGAAGAUGCAGAUGAAAAAGUACAACUGGCUAAUCAAAUAUAUGAUCUGGUAGACCGUCAUUUGAGAAAAUUGGACCAGGAACUCGCUAAAUUCAAAAUGGAACUUGAAGCAGAUAAUGCUGGAAUUACAGAAAUAUUAGAGAGACGGUCUCUGGAGCUGGAUACGCCAGCACAGCCUGUGAAUAACCAUCACUCCCAUUCUCACACUCCAGUAGAGAAAAGGAAACACAAUCCAUCUUCUCACCAUAGUACAACAGAUCAUGUUCCUGAAAAGAAGUUUAAAUCUGAAGCUCUUCUAUCUACCCUGACUUCAGAUGCUUCUAAAGAAAAUACACCAGGGUGUCGAAACAGUAAUUCAUCAUCCUCUUCAAACAAUGCAUACAAUACAAACUCUUCUCAACCAUUGGCAUCAUAUAACCUGGGCUCAUUAUCUUCAGGAUCCGGGGCCGGUGCAAUUACCAUGGCAGCAGCUCAAGCAGUGCAAGCCACGGCACAGAUGAAGGAGGGAAGACGAACAUCCAGUCUAAAAGCCAGCUAUGAAGCAUUUAAGAACAAUGAUUUCCAGCUUGGAAGAGAAUUCUCAUUGUCCAGAGAUUCAGCUGGAUAUUCGUCAUCAGCUCUGGCAUCUACAUUAACUCAGACGUUAAGUUCAUCAACCUCAGAUUCACGAAGUGGCAGAAAAAGCAAAAACAACAACAAAUCAUCAAGUCAGCAAUCUUCCUCAUCAUCUUCUUCUUCCUCUCUAUCAUCAUGUUCUUCUUCAUCUGCACUGGCACAAGAACUGUCUCAGCAAACAGCAGUAAUACCAGAGUCUGAUUCUAAUAGCCAGGUUGAUUGGACCUAUGAUCCAAAUGAACCACGUUACUGUAUUUGUAAUCAGGUGUCCUAUGGUGAAAUGGUAGGCUGUGAUAACCAAGAUUGCCCUAUUGAGUGGUUCCACUAUGGAUGUGUUGGACUGACAGAAGCACCGAAAGGGAAAUGGUACUGUCCACAGUGUACAGCUGCAAUGAAGAGAAGAGGCAGUAGACAUAAAUAAGUUCCUUCAUCUGGAAAAAUACUGCAUACUAAAAGUUUUAUAAAGGACUUGGGAGGAGAGGGACAGCUCUCACCACACUUCCUUGCAACCACUGAAGAGUAACAGAGCAAUCAUAGAAUGGUAUGGUUGGAAAGGACUGUAAAGAUCUUCUAGUUCCAGCCCCCAGUCAUAAGAACUUGAACUAUUGGUUUUGCUAAGUCAUGUUUUAAUAUUGUAGGUAAAUUAUUUACGCACCUUGAUGUGCUACAGAUAUUCCAGUGAGCCUUGGAUUAUUCCAGUGGCCAACAUAUGCAGACAUUUGUACUAUCAAACCAUUUUCUCUAAGCAGUGGGCAUUCUACAAUUACUCAAUCUUCCAAAAAUUCAGAUAAGUCAAGAUUUUAAAUGUAUGUUUUAUAUACAACAGAUAUAUUCUGCUGCAUGUACUGUACUCAAGAGCUGUUACGUAACACUAUGUAUAUUAAUAGUGCAAAAAGUCAGUGCUUCUGAAAGGAAAAGAGACAGUGGUUUUUAAAAUGCCUUUAUAGCUUUGGUUCUUUAUGAAACUUAAUUCAGCAGGCUGAAGAAAAUGGUUCUUGUAUACAGCGGGCUGUUGUCCUUUAGAAUAUUUGAGUAUGUAAAAACAAAAAAAAUGCUGUAGAAUAAAACAAACUUGUGCCAUUAGUCUUUAUAUGUUUCUGCUCCAAGAAGGCGGGGGCCAUAAGAAGAAAAAAAGGUGUUAAAGUGACAAUAAAUUUUUAUACCAAAUGUGUUUAUUUUUUUGUGCAAGUAAUCCUUUAAAUUUGAAUUGUAUUAGGUGUAAAAUAAAAGAACCUCAACUCCUCA